ACUUUGAUAUAAAAUUAGUAGAUAAUCAAGUUACGUUGACUUUGUUUCUUUAGCUUAGAAUAAUUUCUGAUGUGACCCCACUUGGAUAGUUUUUAAUAUCUUUGUGCAUGUCCUGGAAGUGAGCUUAUUUGUUCAGGUUGCCAUGGAACAUGCUGUCUAGUUUUAUUUCUUACUCUCUGAUGGAAUGCCUAUUUUCCUUUAAUUUUGACAAAAUUAUAAUAGCUUAAGAUAGUACUGGAGAGUUUGAAGUCAAGAAAAGAAAUGUCAUUUUCAUUUAUUUCGUAAUAGCCAAUGAGGCUCAUUGAUGGAUCCUAUCUAUGAUAAUGAAGUGAACUAUAUGUAAGCAGCAAGACUAGGAGGUUCAGUAACAACUGAAACUAAGGAUUCAUACUAUAAACAAAAAGUUCUCCAGAAAAAUGAUCGAAAUAAAAAAGAAAAUGGCAUGGCCAAGAUGGGAUAUGUUUUUGUUUCUGAUAUUUAGAAUGAUGCUUUUUCCACUAGUCUGCUGAAAAUGAUACCUUAACUCAAUCGCAACAACUGUCACUGAAUCAGACGCUUGUCUCUGCUGGCAACAUAUUUGAGCUAGGCUUCUUCAGUCAAAGUAACUCGAGCAGACUAUAUCUCGGUAUUUGAUUCAAGAAUAUUCCUGGUCAGAGGAUUGUAUGGGUAGCAAACAGAGAAGAUCCGCUACUAGCUUCUGUCUCUGCUGCAAUCUUGAUGAUUGGAGCUGAGGGGAACCUCAGAAUUUUGGAUGGCGAUCAAAAUACGGUUUGGUCUACCAAUGUCUCUGUCUAUUCUAAUAACACGAUUGCUGUGCUAACAGAUGAAAGGCAAUUUAUUCUUAAAGACCCUGUCUCAGGAACAUCUUGAUGGGAUAGUUUUAAGUAUCCAUGUGAUACUUUGUUAUCAGGAAUGAAUAUGGGAUACAGCACCAGGACAGGGGCGAAACUUGUCUUAUCAUCCUGGCAGGCUGAAGACGACCCAUCGCCUGGGAAGUUUAUUGCUGGACUUUCUGUAGAUAUGCCACCUCAAGGCUUCACAUGGACUAAUUACUCAAAGCCUUACUGGAGAGGUGGACCAUGGGAUGGAGGGAGUUUCAUAGGUAUACGUGAUCCCGACAAGGGGUAUGCAAGUGGUAUAAAUAUAGUAUCAGAUAAGCUUCAGGGAUCUGCCAUUCUCAGUUUCAAUACAUUCAACAAUUCCUAUGUUACGAUUGUGGUACUAAAACCAUCAGGUAUAUUGCAGAUUAUACUUUGGGAAGAAGAACUAAAUGCAUGGAAAGUCACUUGGGAGGGACAGAUAAUCCAUGCGAUGUUUAUGGAACUUGUGGUCCUUAUGGUGUUUGUGAUAAGAAUAAGUCUCCAGUUUGUGAUUGCUUAAGAGGAUUUGUACCAAAGUCAACUGAUGAAUGGAUAAGAGGAAAUUGGACUGGUGGCUGUGUGAGGCGAACUAAACUUUUAUGUGAAAUCAGUAAAAGUGGCAUGGCUCCAAAGGGAUCGAAAAAUGACAAGUUCUUGCAACAGAGUGAGAUGAAACUGCCAGAUCAUUACACAUGCUUGUAUGAUCACUAUGGCGCUCAGAACUGCAAAGAGUGGUGCAUGAAUAACUGUUCCUGUGCAGCCUACGCGUAUCCAGAUGGAAUUAACUGCAUGGUUUGGACAUCAGAACUUGUAGAUGUUCAGCAGUUCCCAUAUAAUGGCGUAAAUUUGUUUCUUCGUCUUGCUUAUUCUGAACAAGGUAAAGAUAAAAGGAAGACAAAACUUAUCAUCGUCUUCACAACCGUUUCAAUCAUUCUCAUAUUGGGCAUCUUUGGAUGCAUUUUCUGCAGGUGGAACGCAAAUCAAAGAGGAAAUAGGAGAAACAGUGUUAAAUGCCUCAUUCCAGCUAAUAGGUGUCAGAAUUCAAGAGAUAUAUCUUCAGACAAUUUGUGGGAAGAGCAAGUAUUGCUAAAAGAUUCAUCAGAACUACCACUUCUUCACUUUGCUAAAUUGACCGUCGCAACUGAUAACUUCAGUCAAAUAAAUAAGAUUGGAGAAGGAGGAUUUGGCCCUGUUUACAAGGGAAAAAUAGAAAAUGGACAAGUGAUCGCUGUCAAAAGAUUAUCUAGUUUGUCUGGACAAGGAAUUGAAGAGUUCAAUAAUGAAGUCCUGCAAAUUUCCAAACUGCAGCACAGGAAUCUCAUAAGAAUAUUGGCCUAUUGCCUUCACCGGAAAGAGAAGUUGCUAGUUUAUGAGUACAUGGCUAACAGAAGCUUAGACACUUUGUUGUUUGAUCCAAGAAAAAGUCAUCAGCUUCCUUGGUCAAAAUGUUUUGACAUGAUUCAUGGCAUUGCUAGAGGACUUCUUUACCUUCACCAUGAUUCUUGUUUAAGGGUCAUUCACCGAGAUCUGAAGGCAAGCAAUGUUCUUUUGGAUGGUGAUUUGAAUCCAAAAAUCUCAGAUUUCGGCUUGGCCAGAACCUUUCAAGUGACUCAGGAGCUAGCAAACACUCACAGGAUAGUGGGAACAUUCGGCUAUAUGUCACCUGAGUACGCAAUGGGAGGACUGUUCUCUGAGAAAUGUGAUGUCUACAGCUUUGGCGUUUUGCUAUUAGAUAUUGUCAGUGGCAGGAAAAACAACGAAUUUUAUGACAAUGACAGGCAUUUCAGCCUUUUGAGUUAUCUAUGGACUGAGAGCAAAGGACUAGACUUAAUGGAUAAAUCAAUUUUCGACUCACGUUCCUCUGCAACAGUGUUGAAAUGCAUACAUAUUGGCCUGCUCUGUGUCCAGGACCAUGCAGCGGAUAGACCAUUAAUGUCAUCUGUAGUUCUUAUGCUAAGUAGUGAGAUGGAUCUGCGUCAACCAAAACAACCUAAAUUUAUAUUUAAGAGAUGGUUGAAUUCUGAUGCCCAAUCACAAAGCAGCAAAGCACGGUCCAUUAAUGGUAUUACUAUAUCUUCGGCAGAAGGGCGAUAACCAAUUGAAAAAAAUACUAAGAAUUAUGUGAUUGAGUUUCAAUAUUUUAGCUCUUCUGUUUUAAUAUGUGUACACAGCUUGUCUGAGCUAUUCUAUUAAUCUGAUCUGUUGUUUCUCUUUUCGUUUUCACUAUUCUUUGUCAGUAGGUUUCAGAAAUAAACAAAUGCACUUUCUCAAAAUGGAUGAUUUCCCUACGCUUGGUUUGUCAGAUUUAGCCUAAAUAUGAUUUCUCCCAGAAAGCAAUCUGCUUACUUGUAAGUCUUCCUUAGAUAAUAGGUCCUGCUAUGUAGACAAGUUUAGGGGACAGAUGAUUUGUGGAAGGCCUGAAGAUUAAAAAAGGGUAGCCCGGUGCACAAAUAAUCCCAUUUUAAGAUGAUCUUCCGCAUCAAGUGUAGUAUAUGUAUAGCAUGAUAUAAAGGAUCCAAUACUUCUUUUCUCUUUUUGUUAUUUUCAUCACUUGAUGGGAGUAUUGUUUAUAUAUAUAUUUAAAUUAUUUUUCACAUUUAGUUUUAUUUGAUAUGAUGAUGACAUGAGUUGAGCUUAAUGGAGAAGUGAGGGUUUACAUAGCCACCCCAACUUGUUUGAGAUUGAGGUAUAGCUGUUUUAAUUUACUGUUAUAGCUGGUAAAGUUGUAUUACAUUAAUGUGAUAAAAUGUGAUUUUGUUUUUCUUAAUAACCGCGAAUAAAGUUAGGAGUAUAAAGAGAUUAACCUUGAGAAACUCUACAUGGGGAACUAUGGACAUCUCUUAAAGUUACUUGUGGAUGAAACAAGAAUAUGAAACAAUAAAGAAAAAGGAGUAAACUCUGAACUCUAUGGUCUACCUGUGGCUUAUAUUUUUCUUAAAGAAAGGUAAACUUUUCCCCACAUCAGAGUUUCCAAGCAAAUAUGAUGGUGUAAACUGCAAUCAACCUAAAUUUGUCAAAUCUCUUGAAAAGAGAUGGGUUGGCAGCAAUUUUGAAGGAUUAAACCUUUGAUUUUAAGUGGAGUGAUCAGCGAUGACGAACACAAGGAUGUGUUUUCUACUCUGCUACUGGAUGAGUUGAUAAUCAAGUUAUGUUGACUUUGAUAUUUAAUAUAAUAGUGCUUUAGUAAUUGACAAACAUAUAAGAUGUUUAUUCUUUAGUUUAGAAUUACCCCACCCGGAUAGUUUUUAAUCUCAUUUUUCAUUAUCUGCAAGCAAAACUUAUUGGUUCUGAUUACUGGAACAUGUUGUCUUUGUAUUAAUUCUUACUCUGAGGGAGUUUUUUCAAAAAAAAAAAU